AUGGCGAAUUCACUGGUGGAAAUACCACAAGAUAUCAUCGACAAUGUCAUUGCGGCACUCGGUAAUGACAAGAGUUCGCUCAAGCAAUGUGCCCUGGUUUCUUCCUCGUUCCUUCCCCCAAGUCGCAAGCAGUUAUUCUACAGCAUUAGUUUUGGAUUCAAUGUUGAAGCUUGCGACAGGCUUCAUCAAGCCCUUGUCCAGAAUCCACUCAACCCAUCCUUUGUCAGAAGGAUAUCUAUCAAUCAUCUUGAAGAUGGGGGUUCCAACCUUACUUUUGACCAGUUGGUACUCGCCAUUCUCCAACUCCCGUUCUGUCACCUGGAAGAACUUUCGCUCUCCGCUGUGGAUUGGAGUGGCUUUAGCGGUGAACUGAAGGAUGCGCUGUCGACUCUCAUGCAUUCACCCACCCUCAAAAUCCUCUACCUCACACAAGUCGACAGUGUACCACUUACCCUCUUCCGUGGCAUUGUUCAUCUUCCGAAAUUGUAUCUAAGGGGAGUCUGGUUCCACUCGCUGAAACCGAAGGGAGUGGCGACAACCGCUUCUCAAACGGUGGUUGACCAUUGUGUAUGGUCUUUCUGGUUUGCAACGGGUUAUCCCACCGAGGGGUCAUUCUUGCCAUUCAUGUCCCAUUUGCGCGUUCUUGAAAUCAACAUUGACCCAUCCUCCGCAACCAUGUCUGACUUUUCCGUCUUGUGCUAUUUGAUGUCCUCUCUUUGUGCCAGUCUCAGAUCCCCUGCAACACUCGAAUAUGUCAGGCUUAACAUUGCGUUCGAAGGCAAUGAUGAGCCCUUUGAUUAUGUUUCGUUUUACUCUGGUUUACGUUGCGAUCCUGUUUGGCGCAAUCUUGACUCCAUUGUAACGCGUCCGACUGGUUCACGGUUACAAAGAGUCGACAUCGAUAUCAGAUAUACCUUUCCUCAUGACGACAAUAUUGUGGAACCCUGCAACGAUAAAAUUUUGGCAGUCGUCCUUGAUAAUUUACCUUUACUUCGGGACAGAGGCAUUCUGUUCGUCGAAGCCAAGGCUAGAUAA